CUCAUCGGCUAAAUACCUUGGGGUGCGGAAAGCGCACCGGGGCUUUUCCUACGGCGCACCUCUCAUAGGGCAAUGCCUCGUGGGGCCCCCCGCCCGUACAGCCGAGUUGCUUCACGCGGGCUGCUUGGAGCUUUGCGGGGCAACAAGCUUCGAUCGUGAUGAAAGCCACCGGCCGAGGCCACAUAUAUAACGAUCGAGCACCCCAUUCCCCACGCUCUGGCGAGCUUCAGGUUUUGAUCUCUGCACAACCACCAAACACACCACACACCACUCACCCGCGGCAUCAUGGUUUUGCCUCUGGUGCCCUGUGUGGGAGCGGCCGUUGCUGGCCACGCCAGCUGGCUCUUCUACUUUCAUCGUUUCGAAUGCCACAUGCACGGCUGGACCUACCUCAUCACCUACCUCGCCAGCUGGGUCGCUGUGUUCCUCUCCUUUGCUCGCGUCAAUGGCCUCUCGCUCGUCGACUCAUUCAAGAGUACCACCGCCGUCGGCACCGCCUUCCUCGUCGGCCUCUACGGCAGCUUGCUGGUCUGGCGCAUCUUCCUCAACCCCCUGAACCAAUUCCCCGGCUCCUUUGGAGCUCGCGUUGGCAACCUCUACUUCGCCCCACAGCUCGGCAAGUCCGACUUCUACAAGCAAAUGCUGGCGCAGCACAAGAAGCAUGGGCGGAUCGUGCGCAUCGGGAGCAACGAUUUGUCCAUCACUGACCCCAGCAUCAUGGAGGCUGCGUACGGCCCGAAGGCAAAGACCACCAAGGGCUGGUGGUAUGACAAUGAUGCCCCGCUCAGCUCGAUGCACACCACUCGGGACAAGGCUCUGCAUGACAAGCGCCGCAAGGUCUGGGCUCCUGCCUUCUCCGAGAAGGCCAUUCGAGACUACGAGACCCGUAUUAGCGGGCUGUCAACACUGCUUGUGGAGAAGCUCGGGUCCUUCAAGAGCGAGCCGGUGGAUGUAAGAGUGUGGUUCAACCUCUUCUCCUUUGACGCCAUGGCUCUGUUGGCGUUCGGAAAGAACUACGGUAUGCUCGAGAAGGGAGAGAAGCAUUGGGCUCUUGAGCUCUUGGACGAGGGCAUGCAGCCGCUGGCCUACUUCUUUCCCAGCUGGUUCUUCAGGCUCUUGACCAAGAUCCCUGGCGCGGCAGAGGGCUACCAGAAGUUCGUCAAGUUCUGCGUUGACGAGCUCAGCUGGCGCGUGAAGAACGCGAGCGAGUCGGAGAGCAAGGGUGGCAGUGACAUGAUGGCUUGGAUUCUCCGCGCAUAUCAAGGCAUCGACCGUCCCGAUCGCGACCCCAUGCUCCAGGCCGACGCGCGCCUGAUCAUCGUUGCCGGCAGUGACACCACCGCUGCUGCCUUCACCUAUCUGUUCUACUAUCUCGCCAAGGAUCCUUCGCAAGUCAAGAAGCUUCGCGAAGAGCUGAAGCCCCUCCUUUCCGGAGACUGGAGCGACAAGGACAUCAACCAGGCGCAACAUCUGAACGGCUGCAUCUGGGAGGCCCUGAGACUCCAUCCGCCCGUGCCGUCUGGUGUGCAACGUGUGACGCCUCCAGAGGGCAUGGAAGUCGACGGAAGACAUGUGCCGGGCAACACCGCCUUCUGGAUGCCAGGCUACGUCAUGGCAAGAGACGAAGAAAUCUACCCUCAAGCCGAGUCCUUUGUGCCAGAGCGAUGGUACUCCAAGCCCGACAUGGUCAAGUACAAGGAUGCCUGGGCGCCCUUCUCCAUGGGCCCCUUUGGCUGCAUCGGCAAGAGUCUGGCUUUGAUGGAACUGCGCACCGUCGUCGCGCGCAUCGUCACCCGAUACGAUUUCAGUCUGGCCAAGGGCGAAGAUGGCAAGCGCUUGAUGAAUGAUACUCGCGACCACUUCACCGUCGACCCCGGUGGGCUUGACCUCGUCUUCAAGGAGAUCUAGAGGGUGUUGCGGAGGAGCUUGUGAAGGAUAGGGGUAAGGCUGGGCUUUGGAAAUGACGAUUGAGGACGGUGUUGGAUACCAGUCUGCACGUUCGUUCGUAGCUGUCUGUAGUCGUAUCAAGGCAUCCGCUAUGAAGAUCCC